GCAAAGCGUUAUUGUUAGGCAUAUAAAAACAAAAAAAGAUUUUGUUAUUUCAUUGUUCUCUUUGUGUUUGAACGAGGAUAUGGCGCAAAGAAAUAUAAGUCAUGAAUAUACAACGCUAAAGGUUAUUUUCGCCGAUCACAUGUUGUUCUAGAAAUCAAACAACACUUAUUUACUUUGAAAACUAAUUCCCAACUAACAAAAUCUAGGCCAUUCUCCAUGUACUAACAUUUGCAGGUGUUCUUCCAACCGUAUUUCAUGCUGUACGGAGAGGUGUUCGCGGAACAGAUGGCCCCUCCAUGCGGCCUGCCAGGGCUGGAAGAGUGCCGCGUGGGCCACUGGGUCCCACCGGUGGUCAUGAGCGUGUACCUGCUCAUUGCCAACAUCUUACUAGUUAAUCUACUCAUAGCGGUGUUCAAUAACAUUUUCAUUGAAGUCAACGGAGUGUCGCAUCAGGUUUGCUGAUGUUAUAGUACUCGUGCAAUCGAUUUUGUUUGCUUGUUUCGUUGUUGUAGCCCUGUUGCGAGAUUUGAUUACGGUAUUUGGUGAAUGGAGACAAACGGGUAAAAUGGGA